UGCAGUACGGUACGACGACCAAUAGCCAUACAUGUAUUUCCUGUUCCGGAAAAAUGGCGUCGAAAGGCCGCACGUUUGACUCGCCGGUGAAAUAUGUCCAAAUUGAUGGGCUUGUUGUAUUAAAGAUUAUCAAACACUGUCAGGAGGAAGGGACAGCAGGUCAGGAUCUUGUGCAGGGUGUUCUGCUGGGGCUUGUUGUUGACAACAGAUUAGAGAUUACUAACUGUUUCCCUUUCCCAAGACAUAAUGAUGAUGAAGAUUUUGAUGAAGUUCAGUACCAAAUGGAGAUGAUGAGAAACCUGCGUAAAGUGAACAUUGACCAUCUCCACGUCGGCUGGUAUCAAAGUACUUACUUUGGGGGCUUCAUCAACAGAGCUCUGCUUGAUUCACAGUUCAAUUAUCAACACUCUAUAGAGGAAUCUGUUGUCCUUAUUUAUGAUCCUCUGCGAACUACUCAAGGAUAUUUGUCCUUGAAAGCAUAUAGACUGACACCAGAGUUGAUGAAGUUCUAUGGAUCACGAGAUCAAGACUUUUCUCCAGAGGGAAUCAAAGCUGCUGGUAUCACAUUUGAGAACAUGUUCACAGAAAUUCCAGUUACAAUCAAGAACUCCCAUCUUGUAAACAGCCUCUUGUGUGAACUUGAUACAGAUCUUACAGACAAACAAUCAUUUGAUUACCUUGAUCUAGGAACUAGUUCAAUGUUGGAGAAAAACCUGCGUCUGUUGAUGGAAAGUGUAGAUGAAAUAGCGAUGGAUGCUAACAAGUUUGUAAACUAUCAGAGACAGUUCCAGAAACAGAACCUCGCCAAACAACAGUAUCAGCAGAAAAGGCAACAAGAGAACACACAGCGUGUACAACGUGGGGAGAAACCACUACCAGAUGAAGACAUUAACAAAAUCUUUAAACCUCUGCCCACUCCACAGAGGCUUGAUAGUCUUCUGAUCACAGGACAGAUUGACAAUUACUGUCAGCAGAUUGGAGAGUUUGCAUCUCAGAGCUUUGGAAAACUGUUCUUGGCGGAAAGUUUACAAGAAAACCCGCCAAAUCCAACAGCGACUUGAUAAACAUUUUUAUAGACGCCUCACAUUUUGUUUCCGUUUGAAACAAAAUUUUGUUUAAAGUCUUAUCAUGGGAAGUCAAACAUCAAAGUGUGGCUACAAAAGUAGAAAGAAAAAUAAAUGGAAAAUUAA